AUGGAGACCAAGGUCGACUAUGCUUGUACGUCUGAACAACUGCGACAAUUUUUCCAAGCAUGUGGAACCGUUAAUAGAGUGACGAUUCCAAACAAAAAUGGUCAACCAAAAGGAUUCGCAUAUGUCGAGUUUCUUGAAAUCAGUGCUGUUCAGAAUGCUCUCCUUUUAAAUGAAUCAGAACUUCAUGGCCGAAAACUAAAGGUCUGUGCUAAGCGUACAAACAUUCCUGGAAUGAAACAACAUAGAGGAAGAAGACCUUUUGGUUCAAGAUUUAGAUCACCUCCUUCGUUCUAUCGUCCAUAUGGUUUUCGAAGGUUUCCUAGGUCUAGCCGACCCAUGCGAUACAGGCCAUACUAAUGAAUGAAUGAUAAUUGAUUACCAACUUAUGAGAUGAUGGGGACAAGAAAUUAUUCUUAAUUUACCAUUAUAAUAAAUUCCAUUGCUGGAAACAAUGUUUCUUUUUCUGCAUAUAUACCAAAGUUAUUGCUCUUGCCCUUUUCAACUCAGGAUUUGUGGUAUGCACAAUUGACAUUGACUGGUUAGUUACUGGACUUGUAUAUACCUAAGCUUUGCUCAUAUACCUUGGUGAUGGGACAAAUAUGUAUGGUUCUUUCUUUGAACUUCGGAGAUUAUCAACUUCAAUAUAUAGUAGA